AUGCACCGACACUUCAAGUCUGGGUACUUUCUCACCCUGCUCAUCUCGUCCACCAUCUCGACGCAGCAAGUCUUCCGCGCCGACACCAUGUCGGCUACCCAUCGACUAGAUCCAACCGCUGUCACCCUCGACACUACAUGGCAAGUUCUUGGCCCAUUUCCUGGAGGAAUGCGCGAGCUUCCCUUUGGCGGAUUUCCUCCCUCCGUGGCCGCAAGCUAUAAGGAGCUGCUAGACCCGACGUCUGGCGCAGAGAGGUACUUCUCCGCUUACGGACCCUCAAACGCCACAACGACCGCGCAAACGUUCGAAUCACAAGUGCAAAUCGAUGAAGCCAACCAUAUCAAGCAAUCCCUGACUGUCGAAUAUCCAAGUGUCGACUGGCCUUGGGUGCGCAAGAGUGCAGGAUGGUCUUCUUUACAAUGGCAGAUGGUAGCUGCGACAGAUCUCGAAAUCGCAAACAAUUUCACUGCUCUCGCUAUCACGAUGGACAAGACAGCCGAGUUUGCGGUGGUACCAAAGUCGCCUCCUUCGGACAAGGCAACAACGCAAGACAGGCAGGGUAGCAACGAUGCCAUCGAAUGGCACACGGGCGACUGGUACUCGUACAUUGCUUCGUUCUCCAGAGAGGACACUACCGCACCAGAGCUGUCUAUCUCACAGCAUCUGAUACAUCUAGAUCAAGGCUCGUACAAGCUGCUGGUCAGAUCACAGUACGAGAUUCGCAUCUUUGGCGAUCCGCGCAACGAUGGCGGAAAAGAAAGCCCAAAGAUGACCAUCGGCAUCGACGUCACUGCUCGCAGCCUGCAAGAUGUACCUCAGCAAGACCUGAUCGAGAUUCAUACGGAUCCACAUCACAGCAACGUUCCGCACGUGGUCGGUGGAUGGGUGGCAGGCUGGGGGCUGUCCUUGGCGCUCCGGAACAUCGAUCCGCUUGAAACCUACGUUGCGGACAGCGUCGAUGUUGUAGCAUCAACCUCCCUCAGAGCCGAACUACGGGCAAAGUGGAGGAUCGCGCCGGGUCAGACCAUUGUGCUUCCCAUCAAGCUGAAUCAGACCUCCCCGCUUGACCCGACCCUGAACAACAUCGAGCUGACCGUCCAUCUCAGACCUGUGUCUGAUUCAGCCAAGGCACCCAUCACCAAGAGCGUACGCGUACCGCUCAUACGCAAGCCAGCUUUCUGGGACGCCUCGAGCAGCGACCAGGAUCACAACGCUUACAUGUACAGCUAUCUAGCUGACGAUGGCACAGUGCAACUGGCUGCAGCGACGCCACCCAAACGAGCAAAACGCAUCUCAGCUGCAAAGGCGCGGCUUCCGCCGCUGAUCUUGACGCUGCACGGAGCCGGAGUGGAUGUGCGCGACUUGUUCUUCAGCAACAGCAUUCGACGUCAGGAUGAGAACUGGGUCAUCUUGCCGACGGGGCGCACACCGUGGGGAUAUGAUUGGCAGCUCGCAUCGCUACAAGCUGCUGACGCGGCGGUCGCUGCUUUUCACGAGCACCUCUAUGGACUUCCAAGUACGAUGUCAGAGGAAGAGAAGCAGACAUGGCAAUUUGAUCCCGAAAAGCUCUUUGUUAUGGGCCACUCGAACGGUGGGCAGGGUGCGUGGUACCGGUUAUCGCGGUUCCCGGAUCGGACCAUUGGCGGCAUGGUCGGAUCGGCUUACACCAAGGUCACGGAUUACGUGUCGUUUGGAUGGAAGGUAGGAAGACAUUUCACAGACCCUGCCCUCCUGGGCAUCCUCCACAGCGGUGUGACUAUGUUCGAGAACGAUCUAUACGCCAGCAACUUGGCCGGAUUGAAUCUGCUGGUCAAGUUUGGCUCGGCGGACGCCAACGUGCCGCCCUGGAAUUCCAAGGAUAUGGCCAUGGUAGUGGACGGCUGGAACCGGCGGUCCGGGCUUGUAGACAAGGUUAAGAUCGCGGAGGUGCCGGGACGGCCACAUUGGUGGGACUCGUUCUUUUCGGAGGAAGAUGUGCAGGAUGCGAUUGAUUCGGCAUGCUCGUCCAGCAGGAACGCUGGCUACAAGAUGCCAGAGGUGCCGGUCAACUUUACGCUGACAGUCUUCAAUCCAGCGGAAGCGGGCUCAAAAGGUGGUUGGCGGAUCAGCCAGGUUGAUGUCCCGGGCCGUCUCGCAAAGCUGGAAGUACGAUAUGUCGCGCAGAAGGAACAGGAUGAAGUCGACGCCGGUGCAGCGGGACACUUUGACGUGGUUGCACGAAAUGCUCGACAUUUUGAAGUCGACCUGAACGUCCUGCGUCGAUCGCCCUCUGGCGGUGCUUCUCUUUCCAACGCAACGUCGCUGCGAUUCUUGCUGGCCGGCGAAAUGAAGCAAGUAUCGGUCAGCGACACGGAACGAGUGCACUUUGACCGAUCGGAGACUGGAGAGUGGCAAGUCAGCACCGGUGAAACAUUCGCAGCAAGCUCAGGAUCCGCUCGUCCAAUCGGCCCGGUGCUACGAAUCGUGACCUCGAAAGGACCCAUGCUGCUAAUUGUUCCCUCGGACGGCCCACAAGAAGAGGUGGCGGCAUGGACACGUGUCGCUCGACGCUUUGCCGCCGAUCUGCUGCUGUACGGUGCGAUCAACUCGCAGAUCUUGACCGACGCCGACUUUGACGCUAUUCAACAAGACGACCUGUGGAAGCACAGCAACAUCGUCACCCUAGGUGGACCCGGCAUCAAUACUUUCACUCGAAGCGUCUUUGAUAGCUGGCCCACGCAGAGCUCAAUUCGCUUCCCCUCGCCCGACACCUCAGCACAGUUCGACAUCCACGGCAACAGCUUCUACGAGAACGGUACCGCAUUGCUCACACUGGCUCCUCAUCCUACGUACGAUCAAGGUUUGGCGUUAGUGGUACACGGCAUAGGGAUGGAAGGUGUAUCAAGAGCCGCGCGGUUGCUACCGACGAGAACGGCGACAAUGAUUCCGGAGUGGGCUGUGGUGGAUAGCACGGCGGAAUGGAUGGGCGAAGGCGGCGUUCAGGCUGCCGGAUGGUACGAUCGAGAGUGGGGAUGGUCUGAGAGCAUGUCGUAUGUGCAGUGA